UGGUACUGGGAGCUGGGGGACGUGGGAUGGAUUAGAAAGACACCUCCUGCCAGCAGUGUAACCAUUUCUAGGCUCCACGCCUGGGUGGCCAAGUCUGUAAGCCUUCCUUGCCUCCCACCCAUUCAUGCUACCCCCCUCCCCCAAAUCAUCAAAGCCCAGUGAGGUCUGGCUCCAGAAGGCAAGCGGCAUUAUUCACUGGGGUGGGGCCGAGCGCUCUGGGGGAGAAGUGGCCUGGCCAUGGCUCAGAUCUUGAUCGACUGAGAGUGGGACUGGCAUCCCAAGCUCCCCUGGCUCCAGCAGGGCAGGACCACAUCGACGGGCCACCUCAGCGUCGGCCUCGCCUCCAAGGACCCUAGCCCUGGCCCACCACAGCUGCCUGCCGUGUGCAUCCCGCCUUCUAGGCUGCCAGCUACUCUGCAGGGACGAAGCCAGGUUGGUGAUGGCCCAGAGGGGCAGGUCAGGGACUGAAACAGACUUCCUGCAGCUGCACCUGCCACCCGGCUCCAGGCUUCCACCCUCCGGCCACACUGACCCAUGGAGACCCCAGCCCCCAGGGCUUCCCAUUAGGCUCUGCCUCUACGCCACCCACUGAAGCUCCUAUCCGCUGUCCUGUGAUUGGGUCCUCACCCCCAUGUCCUUCCCCCGGAACCGCAGCGCCAGGACUGGCGGGUGUCUCUUGAGCUCGGAGAAAAGAUGGAUCAUGUGAGUGGGACUGAGAGAUUUAUGGAGCUGAGCUCCCGCGGCUGUAAAUCACCCUGCCCUCCCCAGUAUAAAGCGCCCGUACAGCCCGGUGUGGGGCAGAGGAGACGCUCGCCGCCCCCUGACCCCCGGCUCAGCGCGGGCUCCCGGACCAGCCAGUGACCCCUCCCACCUCCCCCAGUCGCCGCUGCCAUGUCGGAGGACUCGGCCCCGGGCCCGGAGGAGAGCCCGCCAGCGCCCCGGGCAGGCUCCCGCGAGGUGUGGAAGAAGGGCGGCCGCCUGCUGUCCGUGCUGCUGGCCGUGAACGUGCUGCUGCUCGCCUGCACGCUCAUCAGUGGCGGCGCCUUCAACAAGGUAGCGGUGUAUGACACCGACGUGUUCGCGCUGCUCACCACCAUGAUGCUGCUCGCCUCCCUCUGGAUCCUCUUCUACCUCUUCCGGACCGUGCGCUGCCCCGACGCCGUCCCCUACCGGGACGCGCACGCCGGCCCCAUCUGGCUCCGAGGUGGGCUGGUGCUGUUUGGGAUCUGCACUCUUGUCAUGGAUGUCUUCAAGACUGGCUACUACUCCAGUUUCUUUGAGUGCCAGUCGGCCAUCAAGAUUCUGCAUCCUCUUACCCAGGCUGUGUUUGUCAUCGUCCAGACUUACUUUCUCUGGGUCUCCGCUAAAGACUGUAUUCACGUCCAUCUGGAUCUGACCCGGUGUGGUCUCAUGUUCACCCUCACCACCAACCUGGCCAUCUGGAUGGCAGCCGUGGUGGACGAGUCCGUGCACCAGACCCACUCCUAUGAUAGUUCCCACAGCAACACCAGCCACCUUCGCCUCGCUCCUGACCCGGAGCGAGCGGGCAGCUCGGUUGGAGGAGACUGUUCCUGCAACACAGCCAUCUGCCAGAUUUUCCAGCAGGGCUACUUCUACCUGUAUCCCUUCAACAUCGAGUACAGCCUUUUUGCCUCCACCAUGCUCUAUGUCAUGUGGAAGAAUGUGGGCAGACUGCUGGCCUCCUCCACCCACGGCCACGGCCACAGCCACGGCCACACCCCAUCCCAGAUCAGCCUCUUCCGGGAGACCUUUUUUGCUGGCCCGAUCCUGGGCCUGAUGCUCUUCGUGGUGGGGCUGGCUGUCUUCAUCAUCUACGAGGUCCAAGUGAGUGGGGAAGGGGGCCGCCCCGAGCAGGCCCUGGUCCUCUACUACAGCUUCAACAUCAUCUGUCUGGGGCUCAUGACCUUGGUCAGCCUGAGCGGCUCAGUCAUCUACCGUUUUGAUCGCCGGGCCAUGGAUCACCAUAAGAACCCCACUCGAACCCUGGAUGUGGCGCUGCUGAUGGGUGCCGCCCUGGGCCAGUACGCUAUCUCCUACUACUCUAUUGUAGCUGUGGUGGUGGGCACACCCAGGGACCUACUGGGGGGGCUCAACCUAGCCCAUGCUCUGCUCAUGAUUGCCCAGCACACCUUCCAGAAUGUGUUCAUCAUCGAGAGCCUCCAUCGGGGACCACCCGGGGCUGAAUCUCAUGAUACCACCCCCAAGGAGUCCUGCCAUGGCCUUACCUUUGCCAAUGCAGAUGCCCUUCACACCUUGCCUGCCUGCCCACCCACUCCCAGGCUGGUUGGCACCAGCCAUGGCCUUACCUUUGCCAACACUGAUGCCCUCCACACCUUGCCUGCCUGCCCACCCACUCCCAGACUGGUUGGCACCAACCCAGGGGGACCUCAGGAAGCAGUGGCCAUCAUCUUGGCCCCCAGGAGCCACUGGAGACGCCGGUGCCUGAAGGACAUGUCUCUGUUUCUUCUGCUCUGCAAUGUCAUCCUGUGGAUCAUGCCUGCCUUCGGAGCCCGCCCUCACUUCAGCAACACUGUGGAGGUGGACUUCUAUGGCUACUCACUCUGGGCAGCCAUCGUCAACAUCUGCCUGCCCUUCGGCAUCUUCUACCGUAUGCACGCUGUCUCCAGCCUGCUGGAGGUCUAUGUCUUGUCCUGAAGGCCCUCACAGAGACAUGUAGGGGUGGGGCUCUGCUCAUGUGCCCACUCAGAGACCCCCCCAGGAAAGAACCCCAGGCUGGCAGUCACUGUGCCACAUUAGCACCCAUUCCCCAGGGUAGAAUUUUCACAAAAGUUAUUUUUCCAGGAUGAGUUUUUAAAUCACAAUCAGGACAUACCCACCCACCCCAGUAUAAUCCUGGAACUUGGAGUGACCAGGGAGGGGAGACCUCUCCCUAUAAUAUCCAGGACCAGGCAAGAUCCGGAAGUGUCUGCAGCUCUGGCGCCACCCCUGACCCCAGCCCUGUGGCCUGGAGCUGGAACUGCCUGAAGUUUGCCCCCCCCAUCCCCCACUUCUUGUCUCAGCCACCCCAUCUGAGAUGAUCUAGGAGAAAAUCUUGGAAGUCAGAGCUGGAAGGAACCCUGGAGAUUUUCAGGUCUCCAGCUUUUCAGUGAGUGAGCCAAAUCCGAGUUACAGACUGGUUACAGACCUGUCAGCACCUGGGUGGCUGGGAGGGGCUGGACAGAGUACACGGGCUGCCAUCUUCCUCUUCCCCUUAUCCUCAAAUGACAAAUACGUUUGUUUAUGUGUUCCACGAAGCGUGAAAGGUUAAGAAAGACGGACCUAGUCCAGCUACCAUUUUACAAAGGAAACUGAGGCCCAGAGAGGUAAAGUGACUUGCCCGAGGUCACAGAGCUAAAGAGAGCCAGAGCCUUUCUACUAAGGAUCAUAAUUUUCCAACAGCAGAACUUCUUCUUCCUUAAAUAAAAUAUUUCAAGAACCCAAGUUUAUAACAUAAACAGGGCUGUUCUAGUGUAAGAGGUGUUGGGGGACACAGAACCUUACUGCGUGGGUCCUUCCCUUACCCACCACCCCCACUCCCUGGGGGUGGCUGAGGCGAAGCUCUAGGGCUUCUAAUCCCCGAAAGGCAUGAAUGAGAUGAACUUAGCAGACACAGAACCUGAGAAAGCCAGGCAGAGACUGAAGAGGAGGCCCUGCCAGCUAGAAGCGGAGGAAGAAUCAGUGGCCAGCCAC